UAAAGCAAAUCACAACUUGAAAGAUCCUUUCUUCAAAGUCGAAUUUGCUACAACUUCGAAGUACUUAUCAACAACAGUCGAUUCAAUCUGCAGUCCAGUACACAGUACCACAGUUUACCGGAUAUCCGCACCGUAUAAAAUUCCGGAGUCUACAUCCCGAUCAAAGCGUUGACAAUCUCAACCGAAAAAAUGGCAUUCAACACAAUCUUCUUGAUCCUGACCCUCACCUCCUACGCUCUGACAAUGCCAGUUCAGGUCGCUGACGACAGGCAUUCGACUAUCGCCGAAACCUCAACCCAAGGCGAAGUCAGUCAAGAUUUUACCGGAGUGCAAGAAGAAGUUACAACUAUGAUAGCCGAACAAGAAGAUUCUACAACUGGGUCUACGACUCUUGUGCCUCUCGUUGACCAAGACCUGGAAAAACGCAGCGUCGAAGUAGCACCAAAGGCUGAUGAAGACCUCGAAACAGCGGCUGGAACCAACCUACUUCGACCUCUUUUCGUCUACCGUCAGCAAGUCGCCUACCGCCAGCGCAUCAGGAACGCGAGACGUCGUGGUAGCCGGUUCUUUUGAAGCCCCUUCGACAUCCUCAAUUCUACACUGAUCGAAGGACAAUUAACCGGAAAUAUUCGCCAGGACGGCAUAAUCAAUUUACAUUCGAAGAGCACGGGGUGGUGGACCCUGGUAUUAAGGAAGUCGGACUGGCUUUUGAUGAUGCCUUUCAAGCCGGCGCGAUACUGUCUCUAAGGCUGAUAAGCCCCAGCUUGCAAUUGGCCGAAGGACCAGGAUUAUGGAGUAGAAGACCUACGCCAGGUACAGGAGCGCUCUCUUGCCAUAUAAUAUAUCGAUUACCAUUUCAACGAAGAAUCGGCUUCCCCCUUGGUUUUAAAUCAAAUACUUUGAAUUAUAUGGAAAAAAGUAAGAUCUGGGCGAAGCGUCCUCGUUUUGGUGCGUCAUACGUGCCACUUUAGUUUUUUAACAUUAAUUUUUUUUCUCUUUUUUUUUUACUAAAGAUAUAAGCAUUGUAUGACGAACACUGCACCAGCUAGCCUCUAUUGCUAGUCACAGUGCAGUGCGAAUUAACAGACGUGGAUUAUCCCGGUUAUUCCCGCGAUGCGCGCCAUAAAAACCCCUAAUUAUAGGCAAAUCAGAGUACAAGUAUACACUGA